AUGUAUGGGCUGCCGGGAAACGCUAAUAGCAGGAGGUUGAGCAGGAAUGCGACAGAGACGAGGGUGCAUAACGUCUGGAACCACCUCAUUGAGACUGCUUCCGCGUCUACGGGGAGCCUACUCGUUUGGGAUACUGGAGAAUACGAGAUGCUGCCAUAUCAUGAGAACAUCGAGCAGGUGACCGAUGACGAGCUGUCAGGCGACUCUGAUGGGGAUUGCAAACCUUCCUCGAACCUUUCGGACAGUGAAAAGCUUCACGCAGCUUUUCAAAACCGCAAGAUUCGGGUUCGCCUCCUUGGGACCCGUCUACCACCAAGCUACACCUUGUCCAUCCGUCUCCUGAGUUCGGAAAAUCGCCAUGAACAGCCUGCCAAACCAUCCAGGAAACGCCGUAGGAAAGUCUCCACGGAUAGGCCUUUAGCACAAGCAACUCCGCCUACCUCUGAUCUUGAUGACGAUGAGGAAGUGCCUGAUGCUCACCCUGAAUCAAUGGACGUAUCUUUGUUAGCUUCUGAGCGCGAGAUUGCGGAGCAGGAGGAUGAGGAAGUCCGCCUCACCAACACAUAUCCUGGCGCUACCAACAGCAUCGGCUCAAUUCAUCAACGAAGAUGGUACCUUUCAAUGGACCGGUACACUUCUGGCUUUUGUCCGGUGCGGAUAGGAAAUCGUAGUAAAGGCGGCAGGAGAAUGUGGAUGAGGAGAAGGGAGGGUGAGAGGCUGCUGGGCUUCGAGCCGUUCUUUGUCAUGGGCAGAGAACUGGAGAGAAGUGUGGUGACUGGCAGGACUGCCGAUGAGGUGAUGGCUGAUGAGGGAGUGCAGGGGUUUGUGGGGAGGAAAGGUUGGAGGCCCGUGACUGAGUGA